GGUACUUAUGUCACACUAUGGCGGCGCGCAGAGCUGAGCUAGCGUGUGUCGACAGCAGCCGCGCUGUGGGGACCGGACCGAGUCCUGCACAGCCGCAGGAGCAGCGAGAGGGUCAAAAGAAGGCGGCGGCGGUGGCGGCGCGGGCGUCAGGAAGCGGCUCUGAGCAUAUGCUGCUUACUGAGGAAGAACCGCAAAACUGUAAAUUUGGAAGGAGCAGCCUGGACCGGCAGCUGAGGAACAGCAAGUGCACUACGCUGAAUACAAUGUUGCAGCAUUCAGAAACAAAUUGCGAUGGCGCGGAAAAUGCAGGUGCGUUGGAGGAAGCAGAGGAUUUUAUUCCCAGAAACAGGAAUGUGUUGGGAGCAGCAUUCUGCCCUCAGGAAUUGCGAGAGGAGACCCCUGGAAGAGAAGAGACUCGUACUGACCCACCUGAUGGCCAGCAAGACCCAGAAAGUGAGAAAGGCAAAGAGAAAACCUUAGGGAAAGAAGUACUCUUAUUGAUGCAAGCUUUAAAUACUCUUGCUACUCCAGAAGAAAAGUUGGCUGCACUCUGCAAGAAAUACGCUGAUCUGUUGGAGGAGAGCCGAAAUGUUCAAAGGCAAAUGAAGAUGUUGCAGAAGAAACAAGCACAGGUUGUGAAGGAGAAGGUCCACUUGCAGAGUGAGCACAGCAAGGCCAUUCUAGCACGCAGCAAACUGGAAUCUCUCUGUCGUGAGCUUCAACGCCAUAAUAAAACUUUAAAGGAAGAGAACAUGCAACAAGCCCGUGAAGAGGAAGAGAGACGUAAAGAAGCAACUGCCCACUUCCAGAUCACACUAAAUGAAAUUCAGGCGCAGCUGGAACAGCAUGGCAUACACAAUGCAAAGCUUCGUCAGGAAAAUAUUGAAUUGGGGGAGAAGUUGAAGAAACUUGUAGAACAAUAUACACUGCGAGAAGAACACAUGGACAAAGUCUUCAAGCAUAAAGAACUGCAACAGCAGCUGGUGGAUGCCAAGCUUCAGCAGACAACUCAGCUUAUAAAAGAAGCAGAAGAGAAGCAUCAGAGAGAGAGGGAGUUUCUACUAAAAGAGGCUACUGAGUCUAGACACAAGUGUGAACAGAUGAAACAGCAAGAAGCUCAAUUAAAACAGCAGCUUUCUCUCUACAUGGAUAAAUUUGAAGAAUUCCAGACAACAAUGGCAAAGAGCAAUGAACUUUUCACAACAUUCAGGCAAGAGAUGGAAAAGAUGACCAAGAAAAUAAAAAAACUGGAAAAAGAAAUAAUAGUUUGGCGCACAAAAUGGGAAAACAACAACAAAGCUCUCUUGCAAAUGGCUGAAGAAAAAACAGUGAAGGACAAAGAAUACAAAGGCUUCCAAAUAAAACUGGAGCGUUUGGAAAAGCUGUGCAGGGCUCUUCAAACAGAAAGGAAUGAGCUGAAUGAGAAGGUGGAAGUUCUUAAGGAACAGGUUUCUUUAAGAGAAACAGAUGUUGAUCUAGCUGUGCAUGUGUUGCAGUCAUGCACACUCAAUUCGCAUGAGGAACUGGGGAGUUCUACCAAUGGAGCGCAAGAAGGAAUUCAGCCAGAUCCCGAAUCAUCAGUGGCAAAUGAGGGCUCUGAAAAAACUGUUUGCCUGGAUUCCAUUCCUACUGCAGAUUUUGUUGACUAAAAGUGUAAACACUGUAUUGAGAGAUAUAUUUUGUGUAUAACUAACUGGUGGUGGUAACUAUUAGUUUUGUGGUGAAAAUUUUCUUACUUUUUCUACCAUAUCUGUAUUUUCUUAGAACAGAACUUGCCUGGUACAGGAAGCUGCAUAGCGGCUAUUGAAUAGCUUAUCUAUAAAUUUUCCACAACUGUGUUGCACAUCUGCCUCGUUUUUUAAAACAAACUAUCAUAAAGGAUGCAUGCAGAUUCCUUCCUUCUGACCCCAUAGCACACAUCACCAUGUCAUCUAAGACUCGUGUACAAAUUUAACAUCAUGUCAGGGGAACAACAAGUGUCACAGACUCGGUUUGGGGGUGGGGGGAGGGAAUUGUUGCUUCUAUUAAGUGAAUUAAGGCUUAGUAUUUAAUUGUAAUGACCAAAUACUACAGUGAACUAUAAUUGGAGAUGUGAUGGCCAGUGGAAGCUCAUUACUGGAUUCAUAUAUGUAUGAACAAAACUAAAAACUCUUACAGGGUUUAGUGUAGCUGCAGUCUUGCCUACAGCUUUGAAAUCUAUAUAAUUUUGCAACUGGAAAACAGGGUGUACAACUCACAUAUUUCUCAGGAUUGUCCUGCACAGUCAAUUCAUUGAUGGAGUGACUGUUGCCUGACCUGUUAAAGUGAAGAAACAAGGGAAGAAAACAAGCACUCAAAAGUUUGUCCAAUUAACCACUGACCAAAACUAAGGUGUAUUUUGAGCACUUUUGCAUCAUCCUGGAGAUAAAACCUUAAUAGUUAAAAUCUACUGCCUACAAAUGCAUGUGUGUAGUUGUGGCUUGUCUGAUAAAACAAAAUGCAAUAGGUUUUUGGUUUGUGGGUACUAGGCAAAAGUACUUUUUUCUGCCAUUAUUUCUUCACUAGGUUUGGUGCCUAAUUAGCGUGAAGUAAUGAACAGCUACAAAGGUGUUCAUCACUGAAAAUGGAUGUAAUGAUCAAUAACACUCCAUCUGUUGGUCCCUUUAGUAGACAGUACAGCAGACCAUAAUGCACAUAUUUGACUGGAAACAUGUUCCCAUGAAAACGUACUUGCCUAUUUAGCAAGGAUAGGUCAGAGAAUAGAUAAUACAGUUUGUCAUCUAUCUAUAGUGAUGGAGGGGGAAUACUCUGAUCUAUUUUCUCAACUAUUGUUUUUGUAAAAUAAAAACAUAUGACUAGAUAAAACACACCUGUAAGCAAAAGUGCCUUCUGGUAUCUAUAGGUUACCUGGUAGAUUUGGCACAUCAGUUUAUGUUCACUAAUAUACAGCAAGCGAGGCUCCACUUUAUUUCUGUUGCGUUUGUGGUUAGUGUUGUGAAUGUAGAUUGACCUGGAAAAGCCCAGAUACCCUCAUAAUUUGGACUUGUGUUUCUUUUAUUUAUUUAAAAGACAGGGACCAAUAGUGUUUUCUUUGUUAAUGUUAGGCAGAGUGCUAUUAGGUCAGAAGCUGCUGUUUAACUCUGCCUUGCAGUUAGUAGCUUUCUAGUUGCUGGUUGUUUUCAAAAAUACAAAUACUCCUAUUUCUGGUAUUUAAUUUGGUUUUCAUUUUUAAGGGAUUUCUGACUCAAGCACAUAACUGUUGGCAGGUUCUCUCCUUGCCUACCCAUUCUCUCUUGAGUUGCAGAUUACUUGAAUGUUCAGGCUAUGUUGCUAUGUGCUACCCUUUUCCUGAUGAAAUGUACAGAAUGGAAAUAGAUGUCUUGAAAGGAAAUAAAGGUUGGAUCACACCUACUGAAUGUUACCUAAUACCAUUGAGCAAAAUCAAAUUGGCAUCUGCAAUGACCUAUUUUGGAAACUGGCCAGUUAAUAUUCCUUUUAAGGUGCAUUUGCAGUUUUUUCUUUUCUUUUUUUGGUAUGCAUUUCAAGUACAGUAAAAGAAAGCAAAGCUGGUGGGAGGUUUACAGUGAGGAAGGGUAGAAUGAGCUUUGUCAGUCAUAACCAUUUGAUGGUAAUUGAUUCUGGAGAGAAAUUUUCUGGUGUUUCCUUUAAA